AUGAACGAGGAGAAGAUAAACGUUACAGUGAACUUCACAUCAUUUCAAGCGUACACUAACUCCUCCUUUCCUUUCGGACUAAUAGAAAGUCUGGAGAUUUGUGUGCAUAUCUUCAGUUUAUUCUUUGGACUUCCUACACACUUCUAUGUUAUGUGGCUUAUCAUAACAGGAUCUAGAACGAUGCCCCCAUCCGAGUUCUUCAUCCUCAAUUUCUCUGUUUGUGAGAUUGUUAGCUGUCUAAAUUAUUUGGCUAUAAUACUGUCGGCCUGGGUUUUAAGUCUCAGAAAAGUUACACGGUUUAUAACAGAACUAGUCAUGACCGGCCGUCCUCUGUUUCAGUGUCUGAUCUGUGUCGAGCGUUACCUGGCAGUGGUUUAUCCUGUAACCUUUCUGAAGUACAAACUUAUCAGAUAUCGAGUGAUCUUUGCAGCCGCUGCCUGGAUCAUGAGUCUUGGAUCUUGUUUGUUCUGCAUGUUCAUUGCAGUUUUACAAGUCUUUGUUGGACAUUCGUGGUUUUUGUCGGUUCAGUUUCUCGUCUUUCUCUCCAUCCAGUUGUUCUGUUGUCUGGCUGUUCUCAGAGCUCUGAAGCAGUCAGGACCAGGAGAGAGAGGGAGAGAGAGAGAGGAGGAAAACCACAUGAAGAGAAAAGCGUUUCAUCUCAUUCUAAUAACUACUGUGAGCAUGGUUAUUGCGUAUAUCUCAUAUGCUGUUUUGGGAUUUUUUGCUGUAAUGACAACACAGGUUAUUAAUGCAUUCUGGCUGAUUGGUUUGAUUUGUUUUGUUCUGUGUGGUUUUGUUCAGCCUGUGCUGUAUCUGAAGAGAGCUGGAAAACUCAACCGCUUCUUUUCAACAUAA